AUGUAUAAACGUUAUGACCUCAUCUCAAACAAAGACUAUGCCAACGAUACAAUACUACGCCUGUCACUAGUGUGCAAGAAGUGGGCACAGCAGGUCGUACCGUUUCUCACGCACUCCACCUACAUUGUCAACUCAAAACCCCUGCUGUCAAGCUAUCUGAAGCUGUCUGGCUACGGUCUGCUCUAUCCCAACAUGUUGCUGCCGUUCAAUGGCAGCAAGAUGCUCAACUUUAUCAAGAAGUUCCCCGAGAAGUAUCCCUACUCAUUCGAGUCGCUUCGACUGGACAUUGACCGGCGCCAAGUCCGCCACGCGCCCGACUCUGUGAUCCCUGCCGACGUCUACAAGAUGUUGAUCACCGACACUCUUCACUCGAUCCAGUUCCACUCGGCACAGUUCCAGUACAACGAUAUGGAGAACCUACUCACUGCGAUCAAACAAAGUGAUCAGUGCGCAAUCACAUCAAUCGAUCUGUCCAACGCAUUGAUCUCUGCUAGCUCCUUGCAGCUACUGGCAGACAUUGUCGCAACCUCCAAGAUACUCGUCUCUCUGUCGUUGUACCAGAGUACUUGCAGGAACCUAAUGUCACAGGCAAGUGGAUCAACGUCCACCUCCACUCCGACACAGGCGUUUAUCAACGCACUGGGGGUCAACAAGUCGAUACUUAGACUUGACAUACAGUCAUUUGAUGCCGUCGACACUGCAGCCAAUUUCUUCCCAAUGAUUCAAUCGUUGUGCACUGGCAGCUGCCCUGUUGAGAAGCUCUACCUCACAAUGCCGUCCGACUCUGAUAUCAUGUCCAACUAUGACAACAACGGAAUGUUCCCAUCGAAUCCCACGAUCAGCACACUGCGCAAGCUCAAGAUCAACAUGAUGCCACUGGCUACGAGAUCGUUUAUCACAUUCAUCAAGGCGCUCAAGAAGGAUCUUAUCUCAAUCGACCUCGCCGACUCAAACUUCUCCUCAUACUCUUACGAAGCUGUUUUGCAAUCACUGCCAAAUGUACUCAAUCUCAAUAUCUCGUCGUGUACCGUUCGCGAUCCGGGCUCACAGCCAGUGUUGCACGAUGAGAACAACGCCUUCUCAGCGCAAGGCGGUACGCACUUCCAGCCAUACGACAUGUUGUUCAAGUUCCACACUCACCUCACCAAGCUAUUGCUGCGAUCGUUUGGAAUGUCCGACGAGGAGGCUCGUCAUUUGUUCGAGUUGCUAAAGAGCAAUCAUACAGUGACCCAUCUCAACAUUGGCAACAACCAACUAUCCUGCACCAACGAGCUGGUGGCACUGAUCUGCACAAACACGACGCUGUCCACACUUAUAAUGGAUCAUAACAGAUUCUGCAACGAGUUUGCCAAGUUAUGUCUGGCAUUGAAGCUGUCCAAGAGUCUGACCAGCGUGGAUCUUAGCAGUAAUCAGAUCUCUGAUGAGCAGGGUGUUGCACUGUCCGAAUACAUCUCGAAUAGCACCUGCAUCCGCCAUCUCAAGCUGGCCAGGAAUGGCUUCAGAUUGCUGACCACCCAUCGCCUGGGCUCAGCAUUGCGCAUGAACCGCUCACUAGUUACCUUUGACUUUUCCGAUCACAUUCUGGAUCAGAUCGCAAUGGAGAACAUACUUGAUGGCGUGUGCGAUCACCAGACCAUCUCAGUUGUCGUUCUCAGGAAUGUUGAGGGUAAGUCAGACAUGUUGUCCUCGCUCCUCCAGACAUUGGGACUGCGUUGCAUUGUCAUAUUUUAA